CUCAGUGUUUCGCGUCUUGAAAGCUCCAGGAUAACACAACAUUGAACCCUGCAACAGCCAUUCUUUGUGUCUCAAAGCGGUGCUGUCCCCAGCACUAAAUACAUCCCGUCCCCAGCAGCCGAUACCGCCUCCCGAGGUUGUUGUCAAUCUGGACCGGCGCAUCUCCACUCCCGAUCUACCAAGGUCCUUAAUUCAAUGCCUAGGCUGUCAUGGACAACGCAGUAUAUCUCUUUCCUUAGCCCUCGCUGAAGCGCUCCCCAGCUUCUCUUGCUCAUUCCUCCUCUCAUUACUGCUUGCUUCUCUUCCAUUGUUCACUCUUUCUUGUUUCGUGUCUCGGGGACUAAUUCGCCAUGGUCUUCACACCUCCAUCGUAUCUUCCCCAGCUGCCAGAUGUUCCGGAUUCCAUCACAAUCGAAGAAUUCCUGCGAAAUGAGCAAUAUGGCCGGUACCCAAUGGCCAAGGCCAGAAACCCGUACACAUGCGGCAUCACGGGCACGACGUAUAAUGCCGCUGAGGUAGCUGAACGGAUAGACUACAUGGCUCGCGCAAUCAGCAAGCGAUUGGGCCUCAACCCUAAUGAGGAGACUGAGUGGGAAAGAGUUGUCGCGUUGUACUCGGUCAACACGAUUGACUAUCUCCCAUUUACUCACGCCAUCCACCGUCUCUCCGGCAUUGUCACUCCAGCAAGCGCCGCAUACUCGACACAGGAGCUCGAGCACCAGCUCCGCACGUCAGGAGCCAAGGCCGUGUUUACCUGCCCUCCUCUCCUCGAAAAUGCUCUCAAGGCAGCCACCGCUGCAGGAAUUCCCAAGGAUCGCAUAUUCAUAUUGCGCACUGCGGGCUUCGACAAUCCUCCUUCAUAUGUUACCAUUGACGACCUGGUGGCUGAGGGCAAGAGUCUGCCGCCAUUGAAGCCGUUGAAUUGGGUCAAGGGUCAGGGUGCUAGGCAGACUGCUUAUCUGUGCUACUCUAGCGGAACUUCUGGGCUGCCGAAAGCCGUCAUGGUCUCCCAUCGCAACGUCAUCGCCAACGUGCUCCAAGUUUACUUACUGGACAGCGUCCCCCGCAAAGAGCUCGGCAUCGAAUCGCAAGUUUUGCUCGGCGUUCUUCCCUUCUCGCACAUUUAUGCCCUCGUUCUAGUUUCCACCGUCAGCCAGUACCGCGGCGAUGAAACUAUUGUGCUGCCAAAGUACAACUUCCAUGAACUCCUCGAUGCUAUCCAGCGCUUCAAGAUUGAGCAGCUGUUUGUUGUCCCGCCCAUGCUCAUCCAAAUCAUUGGCAACCCCCAAAAUACUGCCAAAUACAACCUCGAGAGCGUACGUUUCGUCUACUGCGGCGCAGCUCCGCUAGGCCCGGAAGUCGUCGAAGCGGUAACCAAGAUGUUUCCCAAAUGGCGCAUCGGACAAGGCUACGGCAUGACUGAAUGCUCACCCACCGUCUCUUCGACCAACGAGCUGGACGUGCUCUUUGGCUCUUCAGGCUCUCUUUUACCGGGAAAGAAGGCGAAGGUCAUCGAUCUCGAGGGCAAGGAAGUGACCGAAUACGACACUCCGGGCGAGUUGUUGAUCCAAUCUCCAGCCGUCGUGCUGGGGUACUUGAACAACGAAAAGGCCAAUGCCGAGACGUUUGUCCAUCACGAGGAUGGCCGAUGGCUGCGAACAGGUGACGAGGUUGUUGUCCGAAAGUCGACCCAGGGUCACGAGCACCUUGUUAUUGUUGACCGAAUCAAGGAAUUGAUCAAGACCAAGGGCCACCAAGUCGCUCCCGCCGAACUAGAAGCCCAUCUCCUCAGCCAUCCCUACGUCUCCGACUGUGCCGUCAUCCCAGUCCCCGACUCUUACGCCGGCGAGGUGCCCAAAGCCUUCGUCACCAAAUCUGCCUCCGACUGCGCUGGUAAAUCCGACAAUGACAUCGAAGACGCCAUUCAGAAGCACGUUAAAGACCACAAGGCCAAACACAAAUGGCUCAACGGCGGAAUCGAGUUCAUUGAUGCGAUUCCCAAGAGCCCUAGCGGCAAGAUCUUGAGGCGCCUAUUGAGGGACAAGGAGAAGAAGGCCAGGCAGGCUAAGGGAGCAAAACUAUGAGAUGAGAAACGGCGAGCCACGCUAUGUGAUGACGAAUUUAGAGGGUUUUCAAAUCUGUUUUGGAAAGACACGUUUUGUGUAGAUAUUUUUCGUUCCUUUGGGCAUUGAGCGUGUGUUCUACGCAGGGAGUCCGACGGUAUUGUAGGCCAAAGAUUUUGGGGUGAUAUUUUUCCGAAGCAAUUGCGCACUUAGAGGCUACGGGUGCUGCAUUUUGUCUUAUGAGACGAGGCAUGAUAGAGAGAUGACAAAAGACUCUAAGAGUAGCAGCAAGAGAAUUAUGAUCAUGAUUCUAUUUUUCACUCAAGAUGUAUUGAC